ACAGGAGAGGAGAGGAAACGAGCAGCAGCAGGCUCUGGGCUACAUCGGGGGAAAUUUUAUAUUGUUUAUAUCCGAUUUUGUACAAAUUUAAUAUCGUGUUUCCUAGAAACUUUUUAAUACUUUGGUACACUGGUUUUGACAUUUUCUAACAAGGAAACCUGGCAAGGAUUGGCUGUAGCUUGCCUGCUUGGAAACACUGUUUCCCUCUCUCCUUUCGACAAAAGCUGCUGAUGAGCCAGCGAAGACUGUACACGAUAAUAACACGACGUGUUUGAAGUACCACUCAGUGUAAUAACAACAGAUGCACUGUCUUCCCUGUAUUUAAAAGAGACCUGUCGUUGCUGUAACGUUAUCUGAAGAGAGCCUAGCUUACGUUAACGGCAGCCAGCCUCAGGAAAGAAUGACGGCUGUUCAGCUAAAUAUCCAACGGUUAUUGGAAGCUGCGGAAUACCUAGAAAGGAGAGACAGAGAGUGUGAACACGGAUAUGCUUCGACAUUUCCAUCAAGUCAGAACACAAACUACCAGAGGCAAAGGAAAUUUCGAAAUAAGAAGUUCAGUAGUAACCACAAUAGGUCCACACAUAAUGAGCUGGAGAAGAAUAGACGAGCUCACCUGCGGCUGUGUCUCGAGAGGUUGAAGGCCCUCAUACCCCUGGGACCCGACUGCAACCGCCACACCACCCUGGGCCUGCUCAACAAAGCCAAAGCACACAUAAAGAAACUUGAAGAGGCAGACAGGAAGAGCCAGUACCAGCUGGAGUCUCUGGAGCGAGAGCAGAGGCACCUCCAGCGUCAGCUGGAGCUGCUGAGGGGAGGCAGCGGCGCUGUAGCCCAGAGCAGCCCAGGGGAGGGGGAGAGGAUACGCAUGGACAGCGUGGGCUCCACCCUCUGCUCCGACCGUUCUGACUCUGACCAAGAGGAGAUCGAGGUGGACGUGGAAAGCACGGAGUUCUCCCAUGGAGAGCUGGACAGUGUGAGCACAGCCAGCACCAGCGACCUGGACGACCACAGCAGCUUGCAGAGCAUGGCCAGCGACGAGGGCUACUCCUCCUGCAGUGUCAAACUUGCCUUCUCCUCCUAGAGCCCCACACCACUACCGCCACCACCUCCCAGCCAAACCCGCCUGCCCUCCCAUGCGUCUAUCCAUCUAUCCAUGCCUACAAGCUCGGACGCUCAAACUGGUGCUAUUGUGAAACAAACCAACGGGGAAGCAGAUCACCAUCACCACUAAGCUUUUAAAGCAAAACAAAAAGUGUGUCUGCAGUAAUUGUUUCCAACCAAGCACAGAGGAAAUACAACCCAAAAAAAUGGAGGAAAAAAACAACAACAUUCCUGUCGAAUGUGGGUGCUCAGUGCAUUUUCAAGGAGUGACAAUUGCAACUUGUGUGUUUGUGUGUGUGUGUGUGUGUGUGUGUUUUGAUUUGAUUUCUGUCCCCUCAACAAGCAGCUACGACAAGCUAUCCUGCACUUGCCUACUUUAGAGCUGUCCAUAGAAACAGCACAAAACAAGAAGUAGAAAAAAAAUCACAACAGCGACAAGGAAAAAGUCCAAACAACGACUUUGGAAUAAAUGUGCAUCCUUUUUCCAGCAGUAACAAGCAAUAACUCUUGUAGGCCUUUUUGUCUCGUCAGUUUGAACUCCUUCCCGUUUUCUUUUGUCAUCUCCCCUAAAGACUGUGUGACCGUCCAAAAAGCAAAUUUAUUUUUAUUUGUUUGUACAUACAAAUGGCUUAAUAAAUUAAACCUUAAAAAGGAGCUAAAAAAAUAAAUAAGUUAGAGCUCAUGGAUAGAACUAUUGCAUCUGUUGCUGUUUGACCUGUUUAUUGUGCAUUUUAAAUUCCAUAUUUUUGAAAGAUUUUAUUCUCUUCAGAGUGACAGUGGAUGUGGCACGGACACUAUUACUCUGUUCAAUUUGCUGAUGGAAACUUUUAAAAGUUACUCAUUCUGUUGCUGCCCUGAGAAGGGAAAGAAAAGUUACUCUUCGAAGUGAUAAAAAAGAAAAAAAAGAAAAACGACGACGACAGAACAACUUCCCAUCCAGUUGCGGAAAAGCGACCCAGCAUGACUUCUUUUGGAGAAUGCUGAGUAUGUGUGGCACUCUUUUUUUUUUAAAUUUAUUUUAUUUAUUAGAUUUUUUUUUAUUUCUCUUGUUUAUAAUGUUCAUGAAUUGGAGGGGUGAAAAUCUGUAUAUGGCAUUCCACUGGUGGGCGGGUGAUCUGUGGAGGGAAAGCCUCAAGUGUAGGGAGACAAAAACGGGUUGUAUGAUGUCAAUGUUCGCCAUCCCAACUCCACUGGCAUUAAGAAUUGCACUUCAACCACAGUUCUCUGUACCCCCCCCAUACCCCCCACUGUCUUUCUCUUUCAUGGAGCUGACAUGAAUCAUUUUGUAUGUGAAAGAAGAAGAAAAAAAAAAAAGCACCUCCCUUUUUUAAAUAUUUAUUUCUCUAUCCCUGAAAGAACACAAGCAAUGGGGGGGAAAAAGUUAACUUAUUUUGGUUCUGUCAUAUUUUACUCCUCUUUUUGAUGCUUAUUUCUCAUUCCUUAUUUUAAGAACUGUGUAUUUUAUGGUUUAUUGUUAAUCUUUUUUUGGGGGGUAGGGGGGUGGGAGGGUAUAAGAAAUGUAGCUAUUUUGUUUUCUUUUUUUCUGAUGUUUUAUUAAAUGGACACUUGAAAUGUAAUUGGCCCCUAAGCUGCUCCUAGUGCUGAGCCUCGCCUGUUUAGAGUCACCAGCCUUGUCCAGAGCUGACUGCCCCCCUCCGCCCCCAACAACACAGCGCUAUGCCUGUGACCAGAAAUGCAGACCUAAAACAACCUGAUAGAUCAGACAAAAUGGCUUCUCUCCAUACCCAGCCCUCUGAUACAAGGGGAAACAUUCGCCAUGCUGUUUAUACAUUCUACUGUCUUGUUGUUUUUGGGUCUGUGCUGAGUGGGGGGGGGGGUCAUCUCUGCUCAAGGCUUGUAUCGAUAGCCAAGACUUUACUGGCAAAUAUUGUGCCGGCUACUACACAAUAAAAGGGGUCUAAAACUCCACUUUCCUCUUAUUAGGAGGAUUGUAGUCUCUAUUAGACAUGUGUUUUAGUUGACAAAAUGUGUCUUACAUUUACAAUUCAAUGCCUCUGACUGAGGAUUUCAACAAAAAAAAAGGAACAAAAUCCUUUGGUUUCUCUGAAGGACAUCUUUAAGGUGUAGAGUUUGACAUGUAAGCUUUUUGCGGAGCUAUGUUGAGGUUGUUGGACUUGGCACUGAAUCAGAAAGUCACCACUUCUGGUGCUUGAUUAUAAUAAAAAAAAAAAAAAAAAUAAUGCCAAAACCACCUCAGAACACCUCAGUGUCCUCUCUCUUAAUGUCUCUCUCUCCGAGGGACAGUUUACAUUUAUUCUUCCCCUGUUUAAGUUAUUAACUUCAACUCUUUGUUUUUUCGUUUUGUUUUCGUCUUCAUAUGUUGGUUUUAUGAACCUACACUGCUGACAGAAAAAAAGAUUCCAUGUUUGACGACAAAUGAAUUCCACUAUGUCUGCAGAUCUGGAUCGCAUCCUAGUGGUGUUUUAACCUGCUCGGAGUACAAUAUAUUUUUACUACAUUGGGACGAUUCUGAUAGUGUUGGGUUUUGUUGUAUAUUGCUGAAAUGUGUGAAAACUGUCUGACACUCAUUGUAUUGUCUCAUGUGGCAAACUACUCUGAUCUUGUAUUCCCAGAUGGGAUAAAACAAACUAUAAGAACAGAUUUUACUGAAGAAAGGUCUGUCUUCUCAUAUGUGUUUGCGUGCGUGCAUGUGUGUGUGAGAGAGAGGGAGAGAGUGUGAGUGUGUGUGCUCCAUGUUCUUACUAAGGCUAAGCUUUAGAGAGGCAGCUGGUCCAUGACUAGUCUGCACUGAUCUCAGUUGGGCUGAUUGCCACCUGCUACUCAGUAAAUAUCAAACUUUUGGAAAAUAUUUGUAAAAAAAUAUAUAUAUAUAUAUAUAUAUAUAUAUAUAUAUAUCUCCAGUGUCAGAUAUAAUAACUAGUGAAGGCUCUGUCAAAUCAUAAUUUGCAGUUAUAAUCGUGCACGGAAAGUUAACUGAGCUCAACUGUCAGUUCAGUGCAGACUGGACCUGGAUCAACCCAGAUUAGUUGGGAGGUCUGACAAAGAGUUUCUGGCUAUGCUGCAGAUUCAAAACAAUAGCAUAUCUUCAUAAGCUGGUGAUCACAAAGCUAUAUUUUUACCUCUGUGUUGAAGAGUUAGGUUUAGACAUGCGAUCCUGAUUGUGUGUCCAGGAGCGUUUAGUUCCAGUUUUGCAGCUUGGCCAAAAGUGUGUCAGCCAUGACCAAGUGGAAGUUGCAGUGUCUUUUGUAAACCACACUUCAUUCUGGUGUCCAGCUUUAAGCAAGCAGGCCCUUGAGGGCAGGUUAGCUCACCCAAACGAGCAGUCCCACGUAGGGAGUCGUCCUGUUGUUCUGAACCUGUGGCCAUCCUUUGUAAAACAUGCAGUCUGAUGAUGAUUCUAGCCAUGUACGUUGAAGAUGCAAUACUUACAAUAAAAACACCAAGAUUUUCAAACCUGAA